GGCGGUAUAGUUUAAGUUAGAAAAAUUGCCCUUUCUCCUUGGACACAGAGGAGUCAAACAUCUGAACAAACACUAGAAAAAGCACUGCAAGACGACUGUUUGGGACCAGUAAACGGGGCCCGAUACAACAAGAAGAAAUACUUCCGUCACGAUAUAAGGGCUUCGUAUAAGAAGCCGGCUCGAUUCUGCGCCAUGGGUAGAGAACUGCGUUUCGCUUUCAUGUAAGCUGACUUAUUAGCCUGCUUUCCGUCUCCGACGUUUCCACGUUUGGACGUUUGGACGUUUCGGUUUUCAACCGGCGCAGGGCAUACAUAGGCGUACAUCACCACGACGGAUAUCACAAGUGAAAAUCGACAAUUUGGCUUCAGGAAGAGACGUGUCGGUGUCUCCCUCGGAUUCGCACAUGACUGACGGAGAUCAUGGAUGGUCGAGUCGGUCAAAGAACACCCUCUUUCCUCAUGAGUUACGGAGGUUCUGUACUUCUUUAAUUAGCAAAAGCUUCCAAAAUGAGAAAAACGCAAAUCAAAAGGAUGGUUCUUGCCAUGUGUUUUGGGUUCUUUAUCAUGGUCAUAUUCUACUUUCAAAGUAAUUUGGAACAAGUAUCUGGUGCAAGCAGUGGGAAGAUGAGUGGACAUGGGAAGUCUGUGAAGAGCCCUCUCCAAACCCUGAAUACCACCGACACUAUGGAAUCUCCACUUCAGCUGAUACACCAGGCCAGGCGUGAGCUGCUGGAGGAAGCCUGCCACUCCAGUACUCACAAACGUCGUGUCCUGAUCCCCGAGGACCUCAAGCACCUGAUUGUGGACGACCACCACGGCCUGCUGUACUGCUACGUGCCCAAAGUGGCCUGCACCAACUGGAAGCGCGUCCUGAUGGUGCUCACGGGCACCUCCAAGCAGCGCAACCCACUGCUUAUCCCUGCCAGUGAGGCACACGUGCCGAGCAACCUGCGCACCCUGUCCGAGUACUCCAAGGCCGAGAUCAACCGCCGCCUCCGCACAUACCUCAAAUUCCUGUUUGUGCGUGAGCCCUUCGAAAGGCUCGUCUCGGCCUACCGCAACAAAUUCACGCACAACUACAACACAGCCUUCCACAAGCGCUACGGCACCAAGAUCAUCCGCAGGCACCGGACCAGGCCACGGGCCAAGGCGCUGGAGCGUGGCGACGACGUCUCCUUCGCCGAGUUUGUUCGCUACCUAGUCGACCCGCGGACGCAGCGCGAGGAGCCUUUCAACGAGCACUGGGAGAGGGUAGACUCACUCUGCCACCCCUGCCUCAUCCACUACGAUGUGGUGGGAAAAUACGAGACCCUGGAGGAUGAUUCGCACUACGUGCUGCAGCUGGCUGGUGUCGACGGUGAGGUGGCAUUCCCCAGGCCGGCCAAGCGCACCCGCACAACAGGAGACAUGGCAGCCGGCUUCUUCAAGGACAUCAGCCCAGCCUUUCAACAGAACCUGUACAACCUAUACAGGAUGGACUUCCUGCUCUUUAACUACUCUCUGCCUAGCUACCUGAAACUCAAAUAAGGCCUGGUGCCUUUCACAAACAUUUAGAAAGAAUAUUUAGUUUUAUUUUCGAUGACGUAAGUGUACACUGAUUUUGCUUCUCAAGGAUCUAUUUUAAGUUAUAAAGGUUGUUUUAUACAUUUUUAAUAUUGAUUAAAAGGUUUUAGAGAUAUAUUGUAAAAAAGUCUAUAUAUUGUAGGGUGCUUCCAUUUUUUGCAUAGCAAUAUAAUUGCCAUUAAAAUUUUCUUGUGAGUGAAGGUUCUUGCCUUUUGAUGAAAAAUGGAUGUACUGGAAACUAGUUUAAUUUUUUGGUUGUUUGUUUUUGAUAAAAUACACUGUCUAAUGAGGAAAAGGUUCCUAAUCAGUAAAAAGUUUACAUUUA